GCUUCACACUCACCUGUGGCAUUGAGAGACAAGAAAGCAGAGAAACCGAAGGUAGAUAUGUAGUAUGAUAGGCAGAGGGCUUGACAAGAAGAGAAUUAACAGUAAGAAGCUACCAUUGCCUCUCAGCAUGUCUGUGUCCAAGCCGGAGGAGCAGCUUGUUCAAGAGCUGAGCUGUCCCAUCUGCCUUCAGCUCUACUCCAACCCAGUGGUUCUCCCCUGUGGGCACAACUACUGCCGAGCUUGCAUCUGCAAGUCCGUGGACGUCACGGACAAGUGUGGCGAAACGUUCCCACGUUGCCCGGAGUGUCGAGAGGAGUUUGAGGGCGCGGGCUCCCUCCAGAAGAACUUCAAACUCUGCAGCAUCAUUGAGGGUUACCAAGCCACCAUACCGCAUCUGGACAUGCAGCACGACACUUUGCCCGAGACCAUGCAAGUUCACUGCGACUACUGCAUCGACCAGCCAGUGUUGGCUGUGAAGUCCUGCCUGAAGUGUGAGGUGUCCCUUUGCUCCAGGCACCUUCAGAGACACCAUGAGAAGGAGUCAUUCAAAAUGCAUGCCGUGGUGGAGCCUCUGAAUGAGCUGGGGGUGAAGGGCUGCGCUGUCCACCAGCAGCAACUCGAGUACUUCUGUUCCAAUGACAUGACCUCGCUGUGCGGCACAUGCUUCCUACAGGGCCAUCACCAGAACCAUGAUGUGCUCACCUUCAGCGUGGCCGAAGAAGAGAUGAGGCGGGCACUGGCGAGCCGCAAUAAGCUUGUGUCCUGCAGGCUGCAGAUGACCGAGACUCUCCUUCAGAAAACGGCAGAGGAGCAGGGAGCCUCCGAAGCCAUAGGUGACAAACUGAUCAACAAGGCUGUCUCACUCAUGGACAGUAUGGCUGCACUCGUGGACAGGUACAGGGAGCGUCUGCAUCUGCUUUUGGAGGAGGAGAGAGGCCAGCGCAGGAAUAGCUGGCAGCACGGAGUGAGUGCACUGGAAGAGCAACAGCAGCAGUUACUGGAUGCCCAGCGAAGUGCAACACAGGCCCUGAGUGAGACUGACACAUGUGUCUUCAUACACAGGUUCCUGAUGAUUGAAAAUCAGCUGAGAAAGGUUGUCGAAGUCACCCUCCCCUCCACAAUCCCAUCAAAGGCACCGCUCAACACCAGGCGUCUCCAGACAGGCCUCAAAACCCAGGACUUCCGCUCAGAAAUGAACCUCUUCCUGGAUUCUCUUCACAUCAUCCUCAACCCGCUUGACCUCACCUUCAACAUCUUCACCGCCCAUCCCAGCCUGAUCAUGUCCAAUGAUCUGCGUACGAUCAAGUACAGCUCCAGCAAGCAGGCAUACCCAGAGCACACGGAGCGUUUCACAAGUGCACCACAGGUUCUGUGCAGCCAAGGUUUCUCAAGUGGUGAGCAUGUAUGGGUGGUGGAGGUGGGGGCCAACAGCAUGUGGUCACUGGGCGUGUGUUACAAGAGCAUCCCGCGCCGUGGAGACCACAGUCGUUUGGGACACAACUCUGUGUCCUGGCGACUGCAGUGGAAAAACGGCAAGCUGACAGUGUGCCAGUCCUCCUCUAAUGUGGCUCUGGGAGAAACGACUACCAAUCCGCUAUGCAUUGAGGUAGCGUUGGACUAUGAGGGCGGCACGUUAUCGUUCCACAGCACCAAAGGGCGCAGGGAUCACCUGCAUACCUUCAGGGCUGUGUUUAGGGAGCCAGUUUACCCAGUGUUCAGUAUUCUAUCAAACACACCAGAAUCCUGGAUCACUCUGAACAGUGGGGUGUGAAAUGUCAUUUUUUAAAUACUUUCCUUGCAUAUUUGUCUGUUCAACCAAGUAAACUGGCCUAAGACCUGAGGUGGAGGAAGUUCUCAAACAACAAAAGUACAAAUAAAUAGACUAAAAUGUUCCCAAGUAAAAGUUAAAUUACCAUAGUAAUUUUUCUACUUGACUAAGUGCUGUUAAAUGUAGUUAAAGUAUUAAAAGUAAAAGUACUUGCUGAGUGAAGCCUGUUCUCUAAUGCAACACUCUACUUCAUCAUUAUGGUUGAGUCUCGGCAUCUUCCAGAUCUAUGUUAGAUGUUGGUUCACCAGUGAUGCUACUGCUGCAGUGGGCGGGUUCUAAUGUCACGUGCGCGCUCUGAUUGGACCAGUGGACCAGUUCCCCUCUUGUUAUUGAUUACUUUAAAACAUUUAAAAACCCAACAUCAAUUUGUAACACAAUGUAUUGUAAACAUGUUGCAAGAAGAACAUUUGCUGAUAUGGAGUAAAAGUGAAAAGUACCUGAAAAUAAAUCUACUUAAUAUGCUAUACACCAUUUUAUGAUGCCAUGCUAUUAAAGUGUUUAUUUACUAUUAAGCAUGACUGCAUUACUAAAAUUACUAAUCAUAUGAGAUCAUUUGUUUACAAUAAUUGUUUUUGUUUCUCAUGAUCAGGAUCAUUUUUGUGGAGUAUGUAUGCUGUUUAGAUCUGCUUCUAAAUCCUCUCCCACGUUACAGUAAACACCUCUGUCUAAAUUACUCAGAGCGAGAUCAUUACAGACCUGUUUCUAAUUGACCUUUCCUCAGUACACUUCUAUGGAAAAUUCUUCAGAACCAGCUUCUUGUUUGUUGAACCAAUAACAGCAUUUUAGAAAAGCAAACCUCAGCACUGACGCAGCACUGACAUUUGUAAAAUGACCUGCGAAUCAGAGUGGAUGUGUUAAAUGUCAUUUCUCUCUCAGAUUUCAGUGCAGCUUUUGAUAUGAUUGAAGAUUUUAAUUGACCGACUUGAGAAAUGGGUUGGAUGCUCGUGACCUGUGUAAUUGCAGUUGUUGUUUUUUCAUGAUUCAUGCUUCCACUGGGUAACCUCACUAUGUCAGUUGCUGACAAUACACAGCUUUUUUCAGUGAACUGGAUGCUCUUAUUGCCUGCCUCAUGGACAUGAAUGUAUGAAUAGGUAACAUCUUUUUAAAUCUAAAUGAGGAUAUAAAAAAACAGAGGUAGGCCCCAAAAUAGCAAGAUAAUAUACCUGCUCUAUGUUUGAUAGUCUCAGCAAAUUGAUGAAAACACAUUCUCAUUUUAAAAAGGUAUAAUAAAAUAUCCUUUUUUAAACUCUUUAAGUCAGAUUUUUUUUUAACUCAGAUUCUACAAUGCUCAUUUACACUUAACAAUUUAGACUGUCGUAAUUUUCUUUUUUACUGUAUUACUAAAAAGUCAAAAAAAAAGCAUCAACUAUUUCAACUCUUUUAGAAUUGAUUUUAAAGGUUGAAUUUGUUUAUAAAGGAUCUUACUCUUCCCUACAUCUUUCCGUUUGACGG